AAUUUUGAAAAUUCACAACAGAACGCCUAAAGCGUUCAUCACACACUUCUCUAGCAAACCAAAGAUCAAACCUUUGCAAGAAAAUUCCCUCUUUUAGUGUAAUAAUGCACCAAAGAAUUUGAUAGAUUCUAAACUCUUUGUAGUGUUGGGUAGUAGUGAUGGUUGAUGAGAGAAGGGUACGGUGUGCAGCGAACAAAGGUUUAGCUGAUUAUGUGUUGAAGAAGAAGCGAGAAGAAGACGCUGCUAGGCCUAAGGGUUUGUCAGAACACUUGGAGAGGACGUUUGUUAGGGCGUAUAGAAAUGUCUGUGACGCUAAAGAUUCAAUUGACACCCUCAAAGACUUGUCGCAGAUCAAGGGCUUUGGCAAGUGGAUGGUUAAGCUCAUGCAAGGAUAUUUUGUUAUUGGGGAUGAAAGUUCUGAGCAAGAGGACUUACCUGGAAACCGUGCUGGGAAAAAGGCCAAGGGAAAGAAACCGUACAGGCCACAAAUAAAAACUGCGGCUUAUGCAUUACUGAUAACAUUGCACAGAGAGACUGCAAACGGGAAAAAAUUCAUGCGUAAACAAGAGCUUAUGGACGCUACUGAAGCGAGUGGGCUCUCACAAGUUCCUAUUGUACCAGAGAAAGGAAAAGGAAAAGCAGGAAUUGGACAGUCGAAGAGGGAGUGGUAUAGCGGAUGGAGCUGCAUGACAACACUUAUACACAAGGGAUUGGUGGUGAAAUCUAGCAAUCCAGCAAAGUACAUGUUAACAGUUGAAGGCCAUGAUGCAGCAAAUGAAUGUAUCGUGCGAUCUCGAUUAUCUAAUCCAGUUGAAAUCUUAUCUGAUGAUGAAGUGGAGCCUGCACAGCAAGCAAAGAGACCACAUAAUCAAGAUUCAACCUACUCUAUUACCAUGAGGAAAGAACAGCCGUAUGUCGAUGCAAGAUCCAGGGCACAAUCAUUCAUUCCAGCAGGACCUUCUAGAGCACAAGCAUGUCAAGUUGAUCUUGAGGGAUCUCGUGCUAAGAAGUUCCGUUCUUGCAAUGUUGGAUCCACCUUAAACCCAUGUUCAUCUGGUUCGAGUCAUCCCAUGAAAGCCUGCUCAUCUUCUUUGGCAUCAAAUGGAACCGAAGGAGUAACAACAAUUCCACGCCUUCCACCUCUUAGAUUUGGUGAAGUUUUCGAAGAAGCAUACGAUGUGAUCAUGAUAUUGGAUGAUCGAGAACAGUUUGCCACCAAGGGAUCACGAUCCAUAGUUGAUAACAUAUGCUCUGUAUUCAAGAUUAAGAUUGAGGUUAGACGAUUACCUAUUGGGGACUGCAUAUGGAUUGCUCGGCAUAAGUAUCAACAGGAUGAAUAUGUUCUGGACUUUAUUGUUGAGAGGAAGAGCAUUGAUGAUUUGCACUCGUCAAUCAUGGAUAAUCGCUACAAGGACCAAAAACUUAGACUUCAGAGAUCAGGAAUCAAGAAGCUGAUAUACAUUCUUGAAGGGGACCCAAACCAGUCUAAAACAUCAGAAAGCAUUAAAACGGCUUGUUUCACAACGGAGAUUCUGGAAGGAUUUGAUGUGGUGAGGACGAACGGGCUGGGUGAGACGCUAAGAAAAUACGGUUAUCUCACUAAAUCGAUAUACCAAUACUACAAGUCCCGGGUGAAUGAUGACCAGAACAAAGUCCCGGUCUCGUGUCCUUCUUUCGAUGAUUUUGUCAAAAGGUGUCAAGACUUUGAUAAAAUGACAAUCAGCGAUGUAUUUGCUAUUCAGCUUAUGCAGGUGCCGCAGGUAACAGAAGAAAUUGCCAUAGCUGUUCUUGAUACGUACCCAACACUUUUGUCUCUUGCUUCUGCAUAUUCUAAACUAGAUGGGAAUGUCUCGGCGCAAGAAGAGAUGCUAAGGAAUCAAAGCAACAAUGUAAUAUGUGCAUCAGCUAGUAAGAAUAUAUACAAGUUAGUUUGCGGUGAAUGACUGACUUCUACUCUAGUGUUUGUCCCUUUAACCAUUUUGUUGUGUAGAGAGAGAGAGAGAGAGUGAUCUGAAACAGCUCCAGUGCACAUAUUAGCGACUUGCUCUAUUAGAAUUUGGACAGUGAUUAGUAGAACCACUUGUGCUUGUAACUGAAGUUUAGGCUCACAAUUAUUAUAACUGUU